AUGAUGGACAUAUGUUACCGUUGCCAAAAACCAGGGCAUCGUUCUAAUGUUUGUCCAGAGCGGAAGCAGGCCAACUUUAUCGAAGAAGCCGAUGAAGAUGAGGAAAACGAUGAAGUCGGGGAAGAUGAUUAUGCAGGGGCUGAAUUUGCAGUUGAGGAAGGAAUGGAGAAGAUUACCUUGGUUUUGCAGAGAGUUCUUUUGGCACCAAAGGAGGAAGGGCAGCGUCAUAGUAUUUUUCGUUCCCUCUGCUCAAUCAAAAACAAGGUGUGUGAUGUGAUCGUCGACAAUGGAAGUUGCGAGAAUUUCGUGUCAAAGAAAUUGGUGGAGUAUUUGCAGCUAUCUACGGAGCCUCAUGUCAGCCCUUACUCACUAGGUUGGGUUAAAAAAGGCCCUUCGGUUCGUGUAGCUGAGACUUGCCGAGUGCCACUGUCAAUUGGUAAGCAUUACAGAGAUGAAAUAUUAUGUGAUGUUAUUGACAUGGAUGCAUGCCAUAUUUUGUUAGGGCGACCUUGGCAAUUUGAUGUGGAUGCAACUUUCAAGGGACGAGAUAAUGUAAUUCUGUUCUCUUGGAACAACCGGAAAAUUGCAAUGGCAACCACACAGCCCGCAAAGCAAUCUGUUGAGCCCAAGCAGGAGUUGAACGAGGCUGUCAAAGAAGCGGAGUGUUUUUGUCCCUUGGUGUUGAAGGGGUUGUUGAAAAUUGGCGGAGGAGAAGGUGACAUUCCACAAGAUGUGCAGCAGAUUUUGAAUCAAUUUCAGGAACUACUUUUUGAAAAUCUGCCAAACGAGCUGCCUCCUAUGCGGGACAUACAGCACCGAAUUGACUUGGUGCCUGGAGCUAGCCUUCCGAAUCUGCCCCAUUAUCGGAUGAGCCCCAAGGAGAAUGACAUCAUGAGAGAACAGAAUGAAGAAUUACUGCGGAAAGGAUUUAUCCGGGAGAGUUUGAGUCCCUGCGCACUUCCUGUUUUGCUGGUUCCAAAGAAAGACAAAACUUGGCGAAUGUGUGUUGAUAACCGGGCAAUCAACAAGAUAACAGUCAAGUACAGGUUUCCCAUUCCACGGUUAGAAGAUAUGCUGGACAUUCUUGGCGGCUCAAGGGUGUUUUCCAAGAUAGAUUUGCGAAGCGGAUACCACCAGAUUCGCAUACGACCUGGAGACGAAUGGAAAACAGCGUUCAAGAGCAAGGACGGAUUAUUUGAAUGGUUGGUGAUGCCAUUUGGAUUGUCAAAUGCACCUAGCACUUUCAUGCGACUCAUGAAUCAGGUUCUUCGACCAUUUAUUGGUUCUUUUGUCGUUGUUUAUUUCGAUGACAUUUUAAUUUACAGUACCACAAAAGAAGAACAUCUUGUGCAUUUGAGACAAGUUUUAGAUGUGUUGAGAGAAAAUAAGCUGUAUGUGAACCUUAAAAAAUGUACUUUCUGCACAAAUAAGCUACUGUUCUUGGGUUUUGUUGUUGGUGAGAAUGGUAUCCAGGUAGAUGACGAGAAGAUCAAGGCAAUCCUUGAGUGGCCAGCUCCAAAGACAGUUUUUGAAGUUCGAAGCUUCCAUGGCUUGGCCACCUUUUACAGAAGAUUUGUGAAGCAUUUUAGCACCGUUGCUGCACCUAUCACAGAAUGUUUGAAGAGUUGA